AGGGAGGAGGAGCCUGGCUACUGCCCCUUCCCUCCCCACCCCCUUCUAGGGGCGCUUUGGUGCGUGUGGAUUUGGGGCUGGGGGGGAGGGUGGGGCUUACUUUGCGAAGUGCUGGGGAACUUUUUUCCCCUCCUUGAGGCCAGGGGAAAGGGCAUGCCCAAUUCAGAGAGACAUGGGGGCAAGAAGGACGGGAGUGGAGGAGCUUCUGGAACUUUGCAGCCGUCAACGGGAGGUGGGAGCUCCAACAGCAGAGAGCGUCACCGCUUGGUGUCGAAGCACAAACGGCACAAGUCCAAGCACUCCAAAGACAUGGGCUUGGUGACCCCCGAGACGGCCCCGCUGGGAGCCGUCAUCAAACCUCUGGUGGAGUAUGACGACAUCAGCUCGGAUUCCGACACCUUCUCCGACGACGUGGGGUUCAAACCGGACCGGAGAGACAACGACGAGCGCCGGGGAGCCGAUCGCGGUGACCGCCUGCACAAGCACCGUCACCACCAGCACCGACGGUCGCGGGACUUCCUCAAAACCAAACAGGCCGACAAAGACAGAACCCAGGAGGCGGCCAGCAAGUCGGCGUCGGCCAAGGACCGGCUGACGGGAAGCUCCAAGCGCUCCAACGAGGAGAACGAGGACUACGGGAAAGCGGCCCCGUCCAAGAGCAGCAGCAGCAAAGAGGCCCGGUCAUCCAGGCUGCACAAGGACAAGACCCGCAAGGAGCGGGAGCCGAAGUCGGCCCACAAAGAGCGGAGUAAAAGUCAUCGGAAAAGGGAAACACCCAAGAGUUACAAAACGGUGGACAGCCCUAAGCACAGAUCCAGGAGUCCCCACCGGAAGUGGUCUGUCAGCCCCAAGCAAGACGACAGCCCCUCGGGAGCUUCUUAUAGCCAGGAUUACGACCUUAGCCCCCCGAGGUCUCAUGCAUCCAGCAAUUACGAUUCCUACAAGAAGAGUCCCGGAAGCACCUCCAGAAGGCAGUCGAUUAGCCCCCCUUACAAGGAGCCCUCGGCCUACCAGUCCAGCACCCGAUCCCCCAGCCCUUACAGCCGACGCCAGAGGUCUGUGAGCCCCUACAGCCGCCGACGGUCGUCCAGCUACGAGCGAAGUGGCUCCUACAGCGGCAGAUCCCCCAGCCCCUACGGGCGAAGGCGCUCCAGCAGCCCGUUCAUGAGCAAGAGAUCUCUGAGCCGGAGUCCACUUCCCAGCAGGAAAUCCAUGAAGUCCAGAAGUAGAAGUCCUGCAUAUUCAAGACACUCUUCUCAUAGUAAAAAGAAGCGAUCCGGGUCACGUAGUCGGCAUUCCAGUAUCUCACCUGUCAGACUUCCGUUGAACUCUAGCCUGGGAGCUGAACUCAGUAGAAAAAAAAAGGAAAGAGCAGCAGCAGCUGCUGCAGCAAAAGUGGAUGGGAAGGAAUCUAAGGGUUCACCUAUAUUUUUGCCUAAAAAAGAGAACAGUUCAGCAGAGACUAAGGAUUCAGGCUUGGAGUCUAAAAAAUUACCCAAGGUUAUAAAAUUGGAAAAACCUGCUCCAGAUACUGAACUGGGGAAUGUAACACAUUUAAACACAGAGGUCAAAAAUUCUUUAGAUACAGGGAAAGCAAAAUUGGAUGAGAACUCUGAAAAACAUCUUGUUAAAGAUUUGAAAGCACAGGGAACAUCUAAAGACUUUAAGCCUGUAGCAUCAAAAGAGGAGAUUGUUACUCCAAAGGAAGCAGAGACAUUGGAAAAGGAAAUUCUUCCACCUCUCCCCACAGUUACUUCUGCACCUCCUUUACCAACUACUACCCCUCCACCUCAGACACCUCCUUUGCCACCUUUGCCUCCACUACCAGCUCUUCAACAACCACCACCUCUGCCUCCUCCCCAACCAGCAUUUAGUCAGGUUCUUGUUUCCAGUACUUCAGUUUUACCCUCUUCAGCUCACCCAAGGACAUCUACUCUGCCCUCUCAGACAAAUUCUCAGCCCUCAGUACAGGUUUCUAUGAAAUCUCAAGGGUCCGUAACAGCUGCUGUUCCACAUCUGAAGACAUCAACAUUGCCUCCUCUGCCUCUCCCACCGUUAUUACCUGGAGAUGAUGACAUGGAUAGUCCAAAAGAAAUUCUUCCUUCAAGACCUGUAAAAAGAGAGAAGGAACAGAGGACACGUCACUCACUCAUGGACCUUCCUCUCCCUCCAGAGCUGCCUGGUGGGGAUCCAUCUCCUCCUGAUUCUCCAGAACCAAAGGCAAUCACACCACCUCAACAACCAUAUAAAAAGAGACCAAAAAUCUGUUGCCCUCGUUAUGGAGAAAGAAGACAGACAGAAAGUGACUGGGGAAAACGCUGUGUGGACAAAUUUGACAUUAUUGGUAUUAUUGGAGAGGGAACCUAUGGUCAGGUAUAUAAAGCCAAGGACAAAGAUACAGGGGAAUUAGUGGCCUUGAAGAAGGUGAGACUUGACAAUGAGAAAGAGGGCUUUCCAAUUACAGCCAUUCGUGAGAUCAAAAUUCUUCGUCAGUUAAUCCACCGAAGUGUUGUUAACAUGAAAGAAAUUGUCACAGAUAAACAAGAUGCAUUGGAUUUUAAGAAGGACAAAGGUGCCUUUUACCUUGUAUUCGAGUAUAUGGACCAUGACUUAAUGGGACUACUAGAAUCUGGUUUGGUGCACUUUUCUGAGGAUCAUAUCAAGUCAUUCAUGAAACAGCUAAUGGAAGGAUUGGAGUAUUGUCACAAAAAGAAUUUCCUGCAUCGAGAUAUUAAAUGUUCUAACAUUUUGCUGAACAAUAGUGGACAAAUCAAAUUAGCAGAUUUUGGACUUGCUCGACUCUAUAACUCUGAGGAAAGUCGCCCUUACACAAAUAAAGUCAUUACUCUUUGGUACCGACCUCCAGAACUACUGUUGGGAGAGGAGCGUUAUACACCAGCCAUAGAUGUUUGGAGCUGUGGAUGUAUCCUCGGGGAAUUGUUCACAAAGAAGCCCAUUUUUCAAGCGAAUCUGGAACUGGCUCAGUUAGAACUGAUAAGCCGACUGUGUGGUACCCCUUGUCCAGCUGUGUGGCCUGAUGUUAUCAAGCUCCCCUACUUUAACACCAUGAAACCAAAGAAGCAGUAUAGGAGGCGACUACGAGAAGAAUUUUCUUUCAUUCCUUCAGCAGCACUUGAUUUACUGGACCACAUGCUGACUCUAGAUCCUAGCAAACGUUGCACAGCUGAACAGACUCUACAGAGUGAUUUCCUUAAAGAUGUUGAACUCAGCAGAAUGGCUCCCCCAGACCUCCCCCACUGGCAAGAUUGCCAUGAAUUGUGGAGCAAGAAAAGGCGACGGCAGCGACAGAGUGGUGUUGUGCUCGAAGAGCCACCUCCGUCCAAAGUCUCGCGUAAAGAAACUACCUCAGGGACAAGCACUGAACCCGUGAAGAACAGCAGUCCAGCACCACCACCUCAGCCUGCUCCUGGCAAGGUGGAGCCUGGAUCUGGCGAUGCAGUAGGACUUGGUGACAUCACACAGCAGCUGAAUCAAAGUGAACUUGCAGUGUUAUUGAACCUGCUACAGAGCCAAACUGACCUUAGCAUUCCUCAAAUGGCGCAGCUGCUUAACAUCCACUCAAACCCAGAGAUGCAGCAACAGCUGGAGGCCCUUAACCAAUCCAUCAGUGCCCUGACUGAAGCUACUUCCCAGCAGCAGGACUUACAGCCUGUGGCCCCAGAGGAGGCUUUGAAGGAGGCACUUCCUGCCCCACUGGUCCAACCUUCAGCAGAACAGACAACUCCUGAAGUUGCAAGCACAACAGCUGAUACACAGAAUAUGUUGGCAGUUCUCUUGAGCCAGCUGAUGAAAACCCAGGAGCCAGCAGGCAGCCUGGAAGAAAACAACGGUGACAAGAACAGUGGGUCACAGGGACCCCGAAGAACUCUCUCAAUGCCACAGGAGGAGGCAGCAGAGAAGAGGCCCCCUGAGCCCCCUGGACCUCCACCGCCGCCACCUCCACCCCCUCUGGUUGAAGGCGAUCUUUCCAGCGCCCCCCAGGAGUUGAACCCAGCCGUGACAGCCGCCUUGCUGCAACUCUUAUCCCAGCCUGAAGCAGAGCCUCCUGGCCAACUGCCACAUGAGGACCAGGCCUUGAAACCAAUGGAGUACUCCACCCGACCCCAUCCAAACAGGACUUACAGAAACACUGAUGAGCCUGAUACAGGGUUCAGUGCCACUGACACUGAUGAAUGCAACUCUGGUCCAGCCUUGACAGAAUCCCUGACUCAGACCCUGGUGAAGAACAGGACCUUUUCAGGCUCUGUGAGCCAAGUUGGGGAGUCCAACAGUUACCAGGGUACAGGGUCAGUACAAUUCCCAGGGGACCAGGACCUCCGCUUUGCCAGGGUCCCCUUAACAUUACACUCAGUGGUUGGGCAGCCAUUCUUGAAAUCUGAGGGAAGCAGCAACUCUGUGAUACAUGCAGAGACCAAAUUGCAAAACUAUGGGGAACUGGGGCCAGGAACCACUGGGGCCAGCAGUUCAGGAACAGGCCUUAACUGGGGGGGCCCCGCCCAGGCUUCUACCUAUGGAAAACUCUAUCGGGGGCCUACAAGAGUCCCACCACGAGGGGGAAGAGGGAGAGGAGUACCUUACUAA